AUGCCCGCGGAACAGGUGCUCGUCGUCGGGGCUGGCGUGAUUGGUCUCUCCACGGGAAUCAGGCUGUUAGAGGCUGGCUACGAGGUGGACAUUGUUGCCCGGGACUGGCCUGAUGACCCAAAGACGAUCGACUUCACCUCUCCUUGGGCUGGCGCGCACCAUGUCGCAUACGGAACGGGCGCCGACAUGCGGCUUCACGAGCUGGAGCGGACGACUUUCGCCGCGAUGAGCGACAUGAUGCGCAAGGAUCCGUCGGUGCCGCUUCACUUUGCGUCGCAAGUCGAGUACCGAGAACAGCCACGACCGACAGGCAAGGACGACGAGCUGAGCCAGCUAGGCCUGAUAUCGCGCUACUACCCCGACUUCCGCUGGCUCGAACCGCACGAACUGCCCGACGGCGUUUCGUACGGCGCCGCCUUUACCCACAUCCUGAUUGAGACGCCAGCAUACCUGCCCUACCUUCUUCGACGCUACAAGUCUCUCGGCGGCCGAACACGCCGCUGCAGAUCGCUCAGAUCACUCUCAGACGCCCUCGCCGUCCACCCUGCACUCGCCCGCGCCAAACUCCUGGUCAAUUGCACCGGCCUAGGCGCUCGGACACUCGUGCCCGAUCCUGCUGUCUACCCGACUCGCGGCCAACUCGUCAUUGUCCGCGCGCCGUGGAUCAAGCAAGGUUACAUGCGGAGCGGGCCAGCGCGGGAAGAGAGGCCUGCGACGUAUACCUACAUCAUCCCGCGGGUUGAGAGCGGGACAGUGGUACUCGGUGGGAGUGCAGAGAAGAACAACUGGGAUCCGACGCCCGGUCCCGAGCUGGCCAAGGACAUCAAGACUCGCUGCCUCGCGCUGUGUCCAGAUCUUCUACCGCCUGACAAGCGAGGCGGAAUAAUAGACGACCUCGACGUCGUCGAAGACGCGGUCGGCUUGCGUCCAACGAGGGACGGAGGAAUUCGUCUCGAGCUCGACAGCCUCGAAACUUCGCAAGGCAGACAGCUUCCCGUCGUGCACAAUUACGGAUACGGAGGGUACGGCUAUCAGACAUCCUGGGGAAGUUCGGACGCAGCGGUUGAACUGGUUCGACAGGCGUUGAGCGGGACGAGCAAGCUGUAG